UGAUUCUAUGCAUUAUUUUUCGAUUCCAAUUGUUUGUUUAGAGAAUAUCUGAAACAUGGUGAAACGACAGGAGAAAAAACAGGAAUAACCAGAAGAGGAAAGUGGAAGAGAAUAUCAAACAAUGGAUCUCACCUUCUUUUCCUCUUUCCACUCCUCCCUCUCAGACCACAGCCGAACUGUUAACUACACAGAUUUCAUCUGAAAUUAGGGCUCCUCUGUACCAUUGAAUUUGCUCAUCUCUGAGAUCGUAUACAUCAUCCACCCCUUGCACCAGUAGCAUCGUAUUAGGUACAUGUUGUUUCUGUAUCUAUGGAGGACCAUAUUGAACAGGUUAGCGACAAUGAAAGGGAGGUACUGUGGAACAUAUGAAGUGUUAACUUCUUAAGUGACUUCGUAUUAGGGAUUAGGGAAUGCCCAAUAUGGAUAUCAACAAGUCCAAUGCCAUGCACGCGGAAGAAAUUAAAUGCCUAGCCAACCAAGCAUUUGCAGCUCACAAAUAUGUUCAAGCUAUUGAUUUAUAUACGCAAGCUAUUGAACUCAACAAUCAGAAUGCUAUAUACUGGGCAAAUCGAGCAUUUGCACACAUGAAGCUAGAGGAGUAUGGUAGUGCGCUAGAGGAUGCAUCAAAAGCUAUUGAAGUCAAUUCUAGAUAUUUCAAGGGUUAUUACAGGCGUGGUGCUGCCUAUCUUGCCAUGGGGAAGUUCAAAGAAGCACUUAAAGAUUUUCAGCAGCUCAAGAAGAUGUGUCCUAAGGAUCCUGACACUAUCAAGAAGUUGAAGGAAUGUGAAAAAGCAAUUGUGAAGCUUAAUUUUGAAGAAGCUAUUGCAGCUCCAGUGCCACAAACGGAUUCUUCGGUCAAUUCUAUUGAUUUCCACCCUGUAGGGAAAGGUUCAAGUUCAACGUCAUUACCGACCCAAAUGGCUAUAGUAGCAGCAGCAGUAGCAACUACAGCAGUCGCAAUUUCAACUCUUAGCGCAAAAGUUGCCACAUUAGUAGCUGCAAUAGCAGUGGUGGUGCUGAUAAUCAUGGGCACACGUUGGUGGGGUGGUAGUGAAGGCGGUAUCAAUGCAAAGACUCUAGAUGUCGAACCACAGUAUUCUGGAGCAAGAAUAGAGGGAGAUAUCAUAACGUUGGGUUUUGUGAAGAAAAUGAUGGAUGAUUUCAAGAACCAGAAAUCCUUACACAAGCGCUAUGUAUUCCAGAUUCUUCAGCAAGCAAAAAAAAUAUUUAAAGCUCUUCCAUCUUUAGUUGAUAUAACAAUUCCUGAAGGCAAGCGCCUCACAGUUUGUGGUGAUGUCCAUGGUCAGUUUUAUGAUCUCUUAAAUAUUUUUGAGCUGAAUGGUCUGCCCUCGGAAGAUAAUCCUUAUCUGUUUAAUGGCGACUUCGUGGAUAGGGGAUCAUUUUCCUUGGAGGUCAUUCUGACCCUGUUCGCAGUUAAGUGCAUGUCUCCAUCAGCUAUACAUCUCUCCAGAGGAAAUCAUGAAAGCAAGAGUAUGAACAAAAUGUAUGGUUUUGAAGGCGAGGUUAAGACGAAGCUGAAUGAAACAUUUGUAGAACUGUUCUCAGAAGUAUUCUGUUGUUUGCCUUUGGCUUAUGUAUUGAACAAGAAGGUUUUUGUCGUUCAUGGAGGCCUUUUUAGUGAUGAUGGGGUAAAACUCUCUGACAUAAGAGCAAUAAACCGUUUUCGCGAACCUCCAGAGGAAGGAUUAAUGAGUGAAUUGCUAUGGAGUGAUCCGCAACCUUAUCUCGGACGAGGUCCCAGUAAACGUGGUGUGGGUCUCUCCUUUGGUGAAGAUGUAACAAAAAGAUUUUUGCAGGACAAUAACUUAGAUUUACUCGUACGUUCUCAUGAGGUGAAAGAUGAAGGCUACGAAAUCGAGCAUGAUGGUAAACUCAUCACCGUAUUUUCUGCUCCAAAUUAUUGUGAUCAAAUGGGCAACAAAGGUGCUUUUAUUCGUUUCGAAGCACCCGAUAUGAAGCCAAACAUCGUCACAUUCUCGGCCGUGCCACAUCCUGACGUGAAGCCUAUGGCAUAUGCAAACUUCUUCCAGUUCUUUCAAUAGCUAACGUUUACUGCUUUUACACCAAGAUUUUACGUUCUACAGGAAUCACUGAAGAAGCUGAUGCCAAAAUGGCAAAUUUCAGUACCCAUCUAUUGAUUCUCUUACAUAAAUAUUUUGCCACUGACUUGUGACUUAUGAAUACUCCACAUUUCCAGUUUUGAUCGAAUUUUGCCUGCCAAUCAAAUCCAUAUUUGUAUUAUAUUGUAUGUUUUAUAAUUUGUCUACUGUA